AUAAUGUACUAAUGUCCGAUAAAAACUCGACAUUUCCUUGAAUGAAAAAUCGACAAUUACAAUUGCUAAAUAUUGUAAAACGAAAAACGUAUUUAAAUGUCUUUAAUUAAAAAUGGUGUUUAGAAUCUUAAAAUAUUUGAUGAACCAUCAACAAUUAGUGGAUAAGUUAGCAGACUCAAAUUUAAUGAGAAAAAUUGCACGUUUUAUUGUUCACAAAGCAAUUCGUGUAAAAUCUUUGACCGAAGAUAUGAAAUCUGAACAAUUCAAAAAGGCAUUGCAGGAUAUAACCGAGAAGCUUAAGGAUAAAAAGGACUAACUAAAUGGUAA